AUGAUGAAAAAGAAGGAUUGGAAUUAUACUGUGAAUCAUACAUACCGUGAGCAGAAUUUUGCUGCUGAUGCCUUCUCUGCUAGAAGCCUUGAUUCUGACCUUGGGCUUCAUCUUUAUAGUACAAUGUUUGAUUUUCUAUUGGAGAUUCUGAAAGCUGAUGCUAUGGGUCCUCUUAUGUUGCACCAAUACGAAUACGAGUAUUGUGAUACGAUAUAA